CGACUAUUAGGGAUGGUGAACAAACAGCAAGUGGUGUUUUUGAGUCUCGAGAGCAAACCAUCAUAUGUUCGUUUAUUUUUAAUGCAAACAAUAAGAUUUCGCGUUUUAAGUCAGUAUGAAGAGAAGAAUGGGAAUUUCGGUAAAUUAUGAUGUCAUUUGUGCCGCGGGGUUGCCCACAAUACACAUUCUUACGGUAAAGGAAGAGCAAAGGGAAGGAAGAGAGUGAAGGAGGAGUGGGGGGAGGGAGAGAGAGAGAGAGAGAGGAGUGGGUUGACAUCAGCAGCCUCCAGAAUCAUGCUUGCCGAGCGGAGAAAGGGAAGAAGCUCAUCCCUGAAGAAACACCUAGAAUUUUUCAUACUGCAGGCCUAACCGGAGAAUGCAAAACACUUGCCCUGGAAAUAAUUAUUAUUAAGCAGCUUUAUAGCUGGAGGCUUCGGAUUAUUAGGAAUCUUUUUGGUUUUUUUUAUUGCUGGUUAAAUCACAAGCUCCGGCUCGGCUCGGCGAGACUGCCCUACAUUUUCUACUCUAUUUGAUCUAUGCGUUUUUUUUUUUUUUUUCAUGUUUACAGCGACUCGUGGAGAUCCAUUCAGGCGGAUGUUUGCUUCAUCCGUGAAGGCAUACCAUUUUUAAUCGACAGAAAUACGGGAAUGAGGUGAAAAGCCGAGGAAGGGAAGGAAAAAGCAGAGUGGCGGACAUCGUGAGCUGAAAAACAUCCGCACACACACAUACAGAGAAGAUGCACAAUUAAUCCAAACAUCAUCUUUUACAUCUCGAUACUCAGGACUGUAUCGGCACAGUAUGUAACACUGUUUUUAUGGUCUCAGCAUCUCGUUGUUUACAGCAAUCCAGACAACGUUUAUACCGUCAUCAAACCGUCGAAUUGUAAAAGAAAUAGGGCAGUUUGCUCCCGACGUUUGUUCAGGUAAUGUUUACCUAUAGAUCAGUGUAACAUUUAAACCUGUUCCACUGUGAUUUUAGUGCACUAACGUAUUCAAGCGAUCGCAGGAAACCACGGCGUUACUUUAAGGCCUGUGCUUAAAGAGAAACGCGCUGACAUAGGAUACACGUGCCUCAUGAAUAUGACCAGAUCAGCUCAACAGCACUGACUUCCCAGCUGUGCUUUCCCAUAAUAUGCAACAUACUGUGUGGGAUCACUGACUGUACCCUUUUGGACAAUCAAAUCUACAGGUCUACAUUUUUCAGGAUACCAAAGCAAAAGUUUGAGGCGAGAUGGGAAGUGAUGGUGAAAUCCUAAGCCACGAUUUGGCAAAGGUGUCUGAUGAGGACUUGCUGGCUUGCUCUAAAGAAGAGCUGGUGAGUCGACUCCGGCGAGAGGAAUCGGAGAAGAUGUCGGCGCUCAUUCAGCGCGGGCGCCUAAUCAAGGAGGUGAACAAGCAACUUCAGGGACAUCUGCUUGAAAUCAGGGAGCUCAAAGCCAUCAACCAGAGGCUGCAGGAGGAGAACCAGGAGUUGCGUGACUUGUGCUGCUUCCUAGACGACGACAGGCUGAAGGUGAAGAAACUGGCACGAGAAUGGCAGCUAUUUGGCCACCACGCUGCCAAAGUGAUGCGUGAUGACCUGGGUGGCUACCUGAAGAAGCUCUCUGACCUAGAGCGUCUGCAGGAUGGUCUGGUCAAAGAGAAUCUGGACCUGAAGGAGCUGUGUCUAGUGCUCGAGGAAGAGUGUGUGAGCAGAAGUGAUUCUAGCCCAGGAGGAUCGACUGAGCUCAACCUGCCAUGUAUGGUGGCCCGGGACCUUGGGGAUGGAAGCUCAAGCACUGGAAGCGUGGGCAGCCCUGACCAACUCCACCUGGUUUGCUCACCUGAUGACUGAGCAACUGAUCAGAGAAAGAGAGAGGAUAAUAGCCAUUAUCCCUUUAUUCCUCUCAGAAAGUGACAGAGAAGGGCCCGAAUGAAGUUAUGUGGGCCAGCCCAAAGGAGCAAAGAAGUUUACAAUUUUCGUUGUCAUUAAACAUCUCAACUGCUUAUGCUAGACAAAUAGAUAGGCCACAUCAGUAUUUCUUUGCUUUUGCCUUCAGACUGUUGUUCGUCCCCCAAACCCCCAAUGUAGAUAGACUUUGUUAAUGUGAAUGAAAUUACUUUGCUUUGGAGAAUACGCAUGAUUGCAAUAGUUUUAAGCUUUACUUUAGCUCUGUUAUAUUGUGUUUAUAACAUUUUCAGAAAGAAAGUAGUACAAGGUCACUGAGAUUUUCCCCAGUUAAUAUAAAAGUGGUUGUACAUAGGAAUUAACGGAUCAACUGGCUAUUUACCACCUGUUUUACUGCACUAAAAUGUAUUUUAAGGGGGUCUUAUGUUUUAAUGAUGCACUAAACAGGGCUGAAACAAAUCACAAAUGUUUUUAAACUGCACAGAGCCAUAAAAUGACCCCUUUAAGGUCAUGCACAACAGCACUGAAUCAUGGUCAAGGGUCUCUCAAGACCUCUGGAUUAAAGUGAAUGGAUUGCAAGUUAUUUGGCUGUAUGAAAUGUGCCAUGAAACCGCACAUUUAGAAUUACAACAUUUUUGUGUGAUUAUGAUGUACUAAAGUUGCUCUAGUAAGAUUUGAUAUGAUUACUAGAACUUUUAGAAUCUAGUUGACUACUACACUGGACACCAGAUGAAUUUUGUUUUGCAUUGAUAAAUUUUAUUAACUAACUACUCACUGUACCAUUUUUUUGUGCUUUUGAUUGUUGAUUUCAUGGGAUUUUACGUAGCUACAUGCUAUGUUUACACACUGGCAACUGCACCAGGUACAAUGAUGUUUGUGAAUUUGUAAUAAUGUACAUUUAAUUUGAUCACAUUCUUUUAACUAUAUAUUUUAAUUGAGAUGUAUAUCAGUAUUACUUUAAUGCCGUUUCCCUGUUUGUAUCAUAAGAAUCUGAUUCUGUGGUUUUAUUUUUGGCUACAAUCUUUGGGCCAUGGUUGUUGUUAUUGGGAGAGCUUUAAAUACACUUGAUUGAGCUUGAUUGAUUUUUUUUGUUGUGCUGGGAGCCACCUAGAUGAGCACAUUUCAUAGAGAAUAUUGAUUUGCUUUGAUUUGCCAAAACUGUUUGGUCAUAUUGGAGGCCAAAAAGACACCAUGUUAUAUGUUUGACUUAUAUUUGACUGAUUUUGAGAACAUACUUACAAAAACAACCGCAACACCCCCCCCCCCCAACCACACACCCCCACACCCACAAACACACCUAUUUCAUUUAUAUGUGUGCCAUAAGCCAAGAGAAGAAAGAGCCAACAGAAGACUCUGUUUAAAUUAGGUCACCGGGUUUAUACAGUUUGCCGUAUGCGAACAUUGCUUGUCGACAGUAUUCUUGUGCAUUUUAUAUGCUCUCUUGUUUCCAUAAUUCUCUGGGUUACUUAUUUCCAAGGCUAUGCCAUUUUCCUAUUUCAAAACAUGCAAAGAGAGGUUACCUUUCCCUAAAGAGAGAUUAAGGAUGAAUCUUUUUUCAAAUAACUUCUAAGUAACAUCACAGAUAUAAGGUAGAGCUGUCAUGCUCACUAAGGAAAAAUGCGUAACAUAAGGUUAUAAAUUAGCCAUGAAAUUUACCAUUGUCUCAGUUAGAGUGAAUUCUCUUGCCUUGGGCCUCAUGAUACUAGGAUUGGCUCCUGAUCACCAUGAACCCAGCUAGAAUAAAGUGACAAGUUGAAUGAA